GAAGAUGAGGUUGAAGAGAUUAAAAAACCGGGUGCGCCUGCGCGUUGCAGAUUAGUUGAAAACGCUCAGGGUUUGUGAGGGGCGGGGUCACGUAUGCGCGUCAUUGGACGGGUAGGUGGGAGGGAGGGUGGAGAUGGGGAGGGUAUGUGCGCUUGCGCAGUGCGGGGGUGGAGGGCGGAGGAGAUAGAUAGCACGCUUGCGCGGCUGUCAUAGGGCUGCUUGGUUGGUCAGUGGGGAGUCGGCGCCUGCGUACUAAGACCCGUGUGCAGCAGCGGCGGCGGCGGUAGAGGCGGCGGCGGCGGCGGCAGCGGCAGCGGGCUCGGAGGCAGCGGUUGGGCUCGCGGCGAGCGGACGGGGUCGAGUCAGUGCGUUCGCGCGAGUUGGAAUCGAAGCCUCUUAAAAUGGCAGAUGAUUUGGACUUCGAGACAGGAGAUGCAGGGGCCUCAGCCACCUUCCCAAUGCAGUGCUCAGCAUUACGUAAGAAUGGCUUUGUGGUGCUCAAAGGCCGGCCAUGUAAGAUCGUCGAGAUGUCUACUUCGAAGACUGGCAAGCACGGCCACGCCAAGGUCCAUCUGGUUGGUAUUGACAUCUUUACUGGGAAGAAAUAUGAAGAUAUCUGCCCGUCAACUCAUAAUAUGGAUGUCCCCAACAUCAAAAGGAAUGACUUCCAGCUGAUUGGCAUCCAGGAUGGGUACCUAUCACUGCUCCAGGACAGCGGGGAGGUACGAGAGGACCUUCGUCUCCCUGAGGGAGACCUUGGCAAGGAGAUUGAGCAGAAGUACGACUGUGGAGAAGAGAUCCUGAUCACGGUGCUGUCUGCCAUGACAGAGGAGGCAGCUGUUGCAAUCAAGGCCAUGGCAAAAUAACUGGCUCCCAGGGUGGCGGUGGUGGCAGCAGUGAUCCUCCGAACCUGCAGAGGCCCCCUCCCCCAGCCUGGCCUGGCUCUGGCCUGGUCCUAGGCUGGACUCCUCCUACACAAUUUAUUUGACGUUUUAUUUUGGUUUUCCCCACCCCCUCAAUCUGUCGGGGAGCCCCUGCCCUUCACCUAGCUCCCUUGGCCAGGAGCGAGCGAAGCCGUGGCCUUGGUGAAGCUGCCCUCCUCUUCUCCCCUCACACUACAGCCCUAGUGGGGGAGAAGAGGGUGGGUGCUGCUUGUGGUUUAGUCUUUUUUUUUUUUUUUUUUUUUUUUUUUUUUUUUUUUUUUAAUUCAAUCUGGAAUCAGAAAGCGGUGGAUUCUGGCAAAUGGUCCUUGUGCCCUCCCCACUCAUCCCUGGUCUGGUCCCCUGUUGCCCAUAGCCCUUUACCCUGAGCACCACCCCAACAGACUGGGGACCAGCCCCCUCCCCUGCCUGUGUCUCUCCCCAAACCCCUUUAGAUGGGGAGGGAAGAGGAGGAGAGGGGAGGGGACCUGCCCCCUCCUCAGGCAUCUGGGAGGGCCCUGCCCCCAUGGGCUUUACCCUUCCUGCGGGCUCUCUCCCCGACACAUUUGUUAAAAUCAAACCUGAAUAAAACUACAAGUUUAAUAUGAA